GAGAGAGAGAGAGAGAGAGAGAGAGAGAGGCAGGCUCACUGCUCGCUGCAGAGUUCACUAGUCGGAGGAUGGAGACGCCGUGAGAAGGACCGCGCGCCGCUGCCUAACGAGAAACCUAAUUGCGACGGGUUUCUAACAGGGGGGUUUUAUCUUUUACCGCAGUGCUGCUGGCGUCGGCAACCCCCUCACCCCCGCCACCCCCUUUCCCGUACACAUCGCAGUCAUUCUGACCAACUGUUCUCCUACUGUGUUGUUACCUGAUUUUUUUGUAAAGAACCAAAACAAGCUAUCUGGAUGGGUUUGUCAGCAUGCUUAUUCUCCGGUCCCCCAACCCAAACAUCACACCGGCGCUGCUCUGGAUGGUCCUGCUGGGGAUCGGUGUCAGCGGGGAAGGACAAGAGAAAGUCCUCCCCACCCCCUCCCCCUCUGCCUCCCCUCCCGAGGGUCCGGGGGGGACCAGGGAGGGUCCCCGGGGCCCUGGGUCCAGGGUGAUGGCCGGGGGUCUCAUCCACUCCGUGCUGGCCCACCGGGACAAGCUGCUCCCCCGCGCCGCCGAGCGGGGCCUGGUCGUGCCCUCUGCUCUGCCUCAGCACCUGCUGCCUCUCCUGGGGAGGGGGCUGAGCGGGGCCUCCCUGCCUGGAGGUCACGGUGGGGGGGCGCCGCGGCGGGUCAGACCUCCGCUGCCUCCGCCACCUCCAGCUUCCUCCUCCUCCUCCUCCUCCUCCUCCCCUUCCUCCCCCUCCAUCGGGUCCUCCAGUCAGACCCCCGUUCUGUCCGGGACCCAGCCCCCGCCCCAGAGCCCCCAGCCUCAGCACCACACCGACGCGGGGGACGGGGGAGGAAUGGACCUCAUACCUGCCGUUCCCACGGUAACCCCGGAGAUGCUGGACAGUGAUGAGGCGGAGACGCCUUCGCCAGCUGUACCAGCCUGUGGGGUGAACUUCUCGGACCCCGAAGGAUACAUCGACUCUUCCGAUGACCCCCCGCUGCCGGAUGGUACAUCCCUGUACUGCAACUACACCGUCACCGUGUACAUAGGCUACGGAGUGGAGCUGCAGGUAAAGAGUGUGAACCUGACGGAGGGAGAGCAUCUCUCCAUCCAGGGGGAGGAUGAGAGCGGGGGGCCGCUGGUGCUGGCCAAUCAGAGCCUGCUGGUGGAGGGUCAGGUGAUCCGCAGCCCCACCAAUGUGCUGUCCGUCUUCUUCCGCUCCACGGGGGAGGGGAGCCUGGGGGUCUUCCAGCUCCACUACCAGAUCUUCAGGCUGAGCUGCGCUCUCCCCAAGAAGCCUCACUUUGGGGAGGUGUCCGUGUUGGACCUGCUGCCUGGGGGGAUCGCUCGCUUCAGCUGCCAUAUGGGUUACCACCUGCAGGGGGCGCCAACACUGGUCUGCGUCAACGCGUCGCUGCCCCAAUGGAGCGGCAGAGAGCCCAGCUGCAGAGCCCUAUGUGGAGGGUCCGUGAAGAACGCCACGGUGGGGAGGGUCCUCUCCCCGUCCCCCCACCCGGGACCCAACGCCACCCAGGACCGCUCCUGCUCCUGGUCGCUGGAGGCUCCCAGGGGCCAGAGACUGCACCUGCAUCUGGAGAGGCUGGCCCUGGGGCCCACUGACAGGCUGGUGCUUUGGAGCGGUCUGGACGCCGGGUCAGUGGUGCUGUUCGAUUCGGGCCGGGGCAAUCCAAUCCCCUUUGAAGGGGUGAUCAGUGAAGGUCCGGCUGUCAGGGUGCAGUUCAUCACGGACCAGCCCAACCACAGCACCGGCUUCAACGUCCGCUAUGAAGCGUUUGGGCGCGGCCACUGCUACGAGCCGUACCUCCAGAACGGGAACCUGAGCACGUCGGACCCGGCCUACGGCGUGGGGGCGGUGGUGCAGUUCAGCUGUGACCCGGGACACUCCCUGGAGCAGGGCCCGGCCCUCAUCGAGUGCAUCAACUCCAGGGACCCCUACUGGAACGACACGGAGCCCAUCUGCAAAGCGCUGUGUGGGGGCGGGCUGGGCGGCCCGGCCGGGGUCAUCCUGUCUCCUAACUGGCCAGAGUGGUACGGAGAGGGGGAGGACUGCAGCUGGAGGAUCCACGUAGGAGAGGACAAGCGGGUGGUGCUCGACGUCCAGCUGCUGAACAUCAGCGACAGUGACAUGCUCACCAUCCUGGACGGGGACGAGGUCACCACACGCAUCCUGGGCCAGUUCGUGGGCGGCAUCAGCCCCUUCAAGAUGGCCUCCACGACCCCUGACCUCACGGUGACCUUCCACUCUGACCCCGCCGGCCUGGUGUUCGGUAAAGGGGAGGGCUUCAUCAUCAACUACAUGGAGGUGUCCCGUAACGACUCGUGCCCGGACCUGCCUGAGAUCCAGAACGGCUGGAAGACCACGUCUCACGCGGCGCUGGUCCGGGGUGCCCGCAUCACCUACCAGUGUGACCCGGGCUACGACCUGGUGGGCCAGGACACCCUCUGCUGCCAGCUGGACCUCUCCUGGAGCACCCUGCCCCCCUUCUGCGAAAAGAUCAUGUACUGCUCGGACCCGGGCCACGUGGACCACUCCACCAGGUCCCUCUCGGACCCUAAGCUGUUGGUCGGGACCACCAUUCAGUACACCUGCGUCCCCGGCUUCGUCCUGCAGGGCGGCGCCACGCUCACCUGCUACGGCCGGGAGCCAGGCACCCCGGUGUGGACCUCCAAGCUCCCCCACUGUGUCUCCGAGGAGUCAGUUUCCUGUGAGAACCCGGGUCUCCCCGACAGCGGGUACCAGAUCCUGUCCAAGCGGCUGUACCUGCCCGGGGAGUCCCUCACCUUUGUCUGUUACCAAGGUUACGAGCUGAUCGGCGAGGUCGCCAUCAAGUGCAUCCUAGGGAAGCCGUCCUUUUGGAGCGGACCACUUCCACUCUGCAGGGCCACCCAUGACUGCCUUGGCAACCAUGCUUUGGAAGUUGCAGAAGCUCCAGCGAGUUCCCGGUUGGACGGGGGCAACAUCGCCCUGACUGUCUUCAUUCUGGUCCUCCUCCUGUCUGCGCUGCUGGGAGGGGUUUAUGUCUACAUCACCAGGUGCCGGUACCCAAGCUCCAACCUCCGGCUGCCUCUGAUCUACCCCAACCCCUACAGACACAUCACUGUGGAGGCAGAGUUUGACAACCCCCUCUAUGAGACUGGAGGCGACACUCGUGAAUAUGAGGUAUCAAUAUGAUAGCCCUGACUACCUAAUUAUCUGAAACAAGAGCCACUACCUGACUCCCCACUUCGACACUCUUCAUCCUCCUCCUCCUCCUCCUCCUCCUCCACCUUGGAAUCCUCCCAGGCAGAGCUAAUGUAAAUAACUACACAUGAUGUCCCUGCCUCUGCCAUCAAACAGCCAUCCUCUUCUCUUGUACUUUCAUACGACGACAGCUUCUACUGCAGACAGAGAGGGACCGUGUUGAGGGAAUAGGAGUGGAUGAUAGAACAGGACCAUAAAGGGGGGAAAUAAGAAGUUUACGAAGGAGGAGAUGGAACAGAAGAACGGAGACGGAAAAUGAAUGAUGCACUUGUACAAAAUGUGUUGUCCGUUUGCUCAGCUGUUAUUUAACGGUAGGACUGGUAACGUGUAAAUAAACGGCACGACAAAGACGACCCCAACGCACGCAAGAGUGAAUACAAAACGGCAAAUGUGAAAUACUUAGAGAAUAGGAGCUCUGAAAUAACAUAAAUCAAAAAAAUAGCAUAUUGGGGGGGGGGGGGGGGCACUUUUUAUUUUUUUAAUAAAUACUAUUUCACCAGCCACAGGCCCACAUCACGCAACGGCAACAUGGGGAAAAACCCGGGAUGGUAAUUCGCGGGGCUUUUCCCGCCAAAAAAAGCCCUGUUUGUAGCAAGAACGGCUAGUCCGCUAGCUACUUAGCGUCACUACUACAGCUACCAUUUUGUUUCCUAAUGUUUGUAGAAUUCAAAAUAUCCAGACGGAUUUGUUAACACAUCUGAUUCGGUUAUUGUCGAAUUGUAUGAGGAAAAACUAUGAAAUAGUUUGUGGAGAACGGGAGUUUAUCGUUGAAAACUGUGUAGCCCGGAGUGACGGAGCGUGGCAGCAGCUUCACCAACCCAGAGGAUGUAUCUAUUUUAAUGUAUAUGUGAUGUUUUAUGCAAAUUGAUAAAUGUACAUUUUCAUUAAAACAGAAAAAAGGCCUAUACAAUUUGCGUAAAUAAAUGGAUUUUUUUAAAUUAAAAAAGUAUGAAAGAAACAAUAUGUGU